AUGACGAAAAGUAAAAGCCGCAAAGGGUCGCUUAAGUCUCCUGGGGCUUCGAUGGUUGCGGAUCAUAGUCUGAAGACGAAGGAACCAACUAGCCCUACCCCAAACUCAACCCAAACUGCUAAAGAUCCCAGCACGAGUCAAAAUCCUCAAGCAAACUUCUCAAAUCUUUUCAAUCAUCCGUUGUGGCCUAAAGUCCAAACAUUACCUAAAGACCUCCAUGUUUUUCUCGAAAUCGACUUUGAAUCAAUGGCUUCAGGGAUAAAGAACUUAAAUUACUACAGGGUCUUGGCUCAUUUCAAUCCCGAAACAAAAUCGCGUCCGACUCAUAACAAGGCCAAGCUGACUCACGACUUUAUGACCGACUUGCGACCACUUCUUGAGCCAUUUUUGAUCAGAACAUCUGUUCCACCAUCUGACACUCUCAAACCCGAUAUUGAUUUCGAUCCGCUCAGUCGUCAUACUACCCGUGCAAUGUUAUGUGACGCCAUCCAUAGCCGUUGCCCAGGUGUUACAAUUCGACAAGACGCCCGAGUCGAUCAAGUCCUGGUACUCUACAAGGCUCAUGUGGAUCCUGAUCUAGUCCUACCUUUUAGUAAGGAGUUCAGUUGCAAGCCCAAGACCCUCGCAGCUGGAAAGGCUCAUAAAAAGACAAUCGAAUUCUUACGAUUUUCACUCCAAUGUCAUGCUCCAUACAUAUUUGUCCACUCUGUUGGUCUAGUACAUCCGGUUCUGGUCGACUUGUACAUAAAAUUUGUUUGUGAGGAGGAUGUUCCCGAAGGACGUGUUAUCUCGGGAUAUCAUUAUUCUCAAGUUUCAGACCUGAUGCCGUCGGUGGAUAUGCAAGAGUGA